AUCUCUACAUUCUUUCUUUAAGAAAAAAAGAGAUUCAUUCAUUUAUUUCUUUUGCAAGAACAACACAAAUCAUUUUAUUCCAUUCUUUCAUAUUAGACAAAUAUAACCAGCGCCAUUCGAUUUAAAAGGAUCUUCCAAUCGGUAUACCUUUUUUUGUUUUUUGACAUCUCCAAUCGAUUUAAAAGGUUUCUCUCAAAGACUAAAACAGCUUAUAAAUCUUUUAUAAACGAUGACACAAAAGAGGAACACUUUAUCGAAGAAAAACUCGUUCGGCCGUUCUGACUUUCCGGAGGGUUUCCUCUUUGGGACAGCCUCAUCGGCUUACCAAUAUGAAGGAGCCAUAAACGAAGCGCCUCGUGGAGAGAGCGUUUGGGACACAUUUGUUCGCAAAUAUCCAGAGAGAAAUUGCUAUUCUAACGCGGACCAAGCGAUCGAGUUCUAUAGCCAUUACAAGGAAGACAUCCAAAGAAUGAAGGAUAUUAACAUGGAUGCUUUCAGAUUCUCUAUAUCUUGGCCUCGGAUUUUGCCUCUUGGAAAGAAAAGCAAGGGAGUGAACCAAGAAGGAAUCAAUUUCUAUAACGAUCUCAUCGAUGAACUUCUGGCUAACGGAAUUACACCUCUCGCGACAUUAUUUCAUUGGGAUACUCCUCAAGCUCUUGAAGAUGAAUACAAUGGAUUCUUAAGCGAACAAGCUGUUGAUGACUUUAAAGAUUUCGCGGCCUUAUGCUUCGAAGAAUUUGGCGACCGUGUGAAGUUGUGGGUUACACUAAACGAGCCAUGGGUCUAUAGCAUUGGUGGCUAUGACACGGGAAGGAAAGCGCCUGGACGUGCCUCCAAGUACAUGAAUGAAGCAGCUGUGGCUGGACAAUCUGGUCUCGAGGUUUAUACCGUUAGUCACAAUCUACUUUUGGCUCAUGCAGAAGCCGUUGAAGUUUUCAGAAACAAUCCCAAAUGUAAAGAUGGCAAGAUUGGUAUCGCGCAUUGUCCUGUGUGGUUCGAGCCUUAUGACUCGAACUGCUCUGAUGACAAAGAAGCAUGUGAACGCGCCAUGGAAUUCAUGUUCGGAUGGCAUAUGGAUCCAACUGUAUACGGAGAUUACCCUGAAGUGAUAAAGAAAUCCAUUGGGAAAAGAUUACCCUCAUUUACCGCAGCACAAUCCAAGAAGCUAAGGGGAUCUUUUGACUUCGUUGGAGUGAAUUAUUACAGUGCCUUCUACGUUAAAAAUAUACCUGAACUCGACCAUAAUACUCCCAAUUGGAGAUCAGAUGCACGCAUCGAAUGGAGAAAACAAAACAAAGCAGGACAGACAUUGGGAGUAAGAGGUGGUUCAGAGUGGGACUUUCUAUACCCACAAGGACUUCGAAAGUUUCUAAAUUAUGCUAAGAAUAAAUACGAAAGCCCUAAGUUUAUGAUCACUGAAAACGGGCACUGUGAUAUGGAUUAUGAGAAAAAACCAAAGCUAUCUAACUUGAUGGAUCUCCAAAGGACAGAGUACCACAAGAAACAUCUCCAAAGCAUCCAACAAGCCAUCCAGGAGGAUGGAGUUGAAGUUGAAGGAUACUUUGCAUGGUCGUUACUAGACAACUGUGAAUGGAACGCUGGCUAUGGAGUCCGAUAUGGCCUCUUCUACGUCGAUUACAAAAACGGCCUAAAACGUUUUCCAAAAAUGUCUGCGAUGUGGUUCAAAGAGUUCUUGAAGAGAGAAGAGGAGAUUGAAGAAUCUGAGAAGGAAGAGUACCUGUUGAAGUCUGCGAUGAAGAAGAAGAGAUUCUUAUUAGCAACUGCUCCGGCCUCAUGUUUCAUUCCUAAGAUGUCUGAAUCUUCAAAGGCACUCGAACUGUUUUUCUAAAUUUAUUAGCAAAAUAGCUUUUCAACAAAGAGGGCUAGUAGCCUAGUUAAGGGUUCUUUUGCGGCUAUAAAACUUUGUUCCUUUUUU